GACAGGGACAGCCCUGUAUAUAAAUAAGUUUCUAACACUGGGAUUAGUAAAACAUAUCGACGCGCUGUUUAAAUUGUUGCUUGAAAAAUUUUCUAGAAUCAAUUAAUGUUUUGCAAUUUAUUUUUAAAGAAUACAUUACGUUAACAUGCAUGUAAGAAUGCAGUAUUAACAAUUGCGGUCAAAAAUACUUUACGCGCGAGAAAAGAAUCCAGCGAAGCAAAUAAAACUGAAAAUCAAGAAUUGGAGGAUAACAUGGAACACACUGAUUUGGCGACUUCGCAAAACGAGUUACAUAUUGACUACAAAACACCAAAGAAAAUAAGCUUGCUAAUCGAGAAUGAGGAGUUAUUGGAUAAAAUAAAUAUAUUAACAACAAAACCAGAAAAUCACUCGUAUAAUGCAAAGCUGCCCACAAUUAAGGACUUCGUCAUCAUCAAGCCUAUUAGCCGAGGUGCCUUUGGCAAAGUAUUCCUGGGCUAUAAACACAACGACCCAAACAAACUGUUUGCCAUUAAAGUGAUGCGCAAGUCAGAGAUGAUCAACAAAAAUAUGGUUUCCCAGGUGAUAACCGAACGCAACGCUUUGGCAUUGUCGCGCUCACCAUUCUGUGUAAAUCUUUUCUAUUCGCUGCAAUCGGUGUCUUCCGUCUAUCUGGUCAUGGAGUAUAUGGUCGGCGGUGAUCUUAAAUCGUUGCUAGCCAUGUAUGGGUACUUCGAUGAGCCGACAGCUCGCUUUUACGUGGCCGAGAUGGCCAUGGCCCUGCAGUACCUGCACCAACACGGCAUCGUCCACCGCGACAUCAAGCCGGAUAACAUGCUGCUCUCGUCUAGUGGGCAUGUGAAAUUGACGGAUUUCGGUUUGAGCAAAAUUGAAUUGCGUCGCGAUCUGGAGAUAUCCGAUCUCAUCAAUUGUUCUCCCAAUCUUAAUGCACGUACGCCGGGCCAGCUACUGUCGCUCACGUCGCAUUUAUCCUUUGGCUCCGAGAAGAAGUUGCAGGAUUACGGUGCCAUAAGUGGUGUCCCUGCGGCUGUCACCGGUACGGGCACCUCACAUCUUAUGCAAGCCAUUAACAAGCAUAGCCACAUUAUGGAGUCCUCAGAUAGUGAGGCGGACACGUCGCUAAAUGAUGCGGAGAAGACGAGUGAUAGCAAAAUCUCUGGAGUUUCGCCAUUUUUUUCGGCCGAAGAGGUGAACGUUUCAGUUUUGCACACCUGCACCACAAACAAUAACUUUUUGGAUAGCAGCUCGUCUUCCUACCAUACCUGCACAUCGGCGGAGAUUAGUAAAAGCUCGCCGCCUCUGGAGGCAACAGCCGCGGGCGGGGCUCCGGCAAACACAAAACGACGUGUAGAAUUCGUCUUAGAUAGCAUUGCUAACGAUGGUAGUAACAGUGGCCGUGAUCGUGCCAACUGCCAGGGCUGCAUAUUGGCCGAACAGGACAAGGUCAACAUUGUUGCUAGCGGCGAUGAUAAAGACGUUGCCAAGUUGGAAAAUAUGAACGGAUCCUCGUUUGAAUUUUCUAUGGUACGCAGGCGUUCACUCGAUGAGCGCAACCGCAAUUCGAAGCUUCAAGAGGAUUCUGGCGUAUCUAGUCGAAAGGGUGACGAUAACUCUAGCUGUCAUAUAAAUUUAAAUUGCGAGAGCACCGCAUCCUCUAUAGAAAAGAACACUGAUAAUCUGAGUCAGUCGAAGGAAGAGUACAGCUGUUCCGAUUACUCACGCAGUUACAACAUGACAAAUAAUGCCAACGAGCUAAGUGGCAUACGCAUGAAUUCGCCAUUCCGUAAUCUGUCUAAACAUUUCAAGCGACCUGAAUUUCUGCGCGGCAUGAAACGUAAAAUUAAUCUGGUCAAUCGCUCGGAAAACAAUUCAUGCAUGGAUGUGGAUGCAUCUGGGAGUGCGAGUACAAGUACUGGCUUAACCCAAGAAAUCGAGAUACUUAACAUUGGUAGCAGCACACCCAAGAAGCGGAAGGCACGAUCCUCACCAAUACGUGGAGUAUUGAAAGUGCGUUCUCUAUCGGAUGACGAGUUGCCCAUGCAGCAUCUCCUGGGGUCUGAGGCUAACGUGGCCAAUGUAGUCUUCUCGACGCCUGUCUCCUCACAAAAGCUGCCACGUCGUGAUGGUGGCCUGCUGGGGAAGUUGAAGGCUACACGUUUCGCCCUGCCCUUGUCCAUUGAAAAUAAAAAACUGGAGCACAUGGCCGUGGAAAAGCUAUCGAGUGUUCAGUAUCAUAUAAAAUUGGCCGACGAUCCAACAAUGUCGCCUAUUAAUCAUGGCGGCGUGACUGUGCCCAAGACGCCAAAAAACAAUAUAAACGUAAACACACCAUUUCGUACGCCAAAAUCUGUGCGACGUGGGGUGCGCAUCUCGAACGAACGCAUUCUUGGCACACCGGACUAUUUGGCGCCAGAGCUGCUGCUGAAACAGGGUCAUGGACCGGCUGUCGACUGGUGGGCACUAGGUGUGUGCUUUUACGAAUUUAUGACUGGCAUACCGCCCUUCAACGAUGAAACGCCUCAGAAAGUUUUUGACAACAUUCUUAAUAAGAACAUUGAAUGGCCUGAAGGUGAUGAGGCUUUAUCUGCUGAUGCAAUGGAGGCUGUGGAGCUAAUGUUGACCAUGGAGCCCUCGGAGCGCCCAGCUGCCAGGGAGGUGCAGCAGAUGCGCCUUUUUGUUGGCAUCGAUUGGGAGAACAUUGGGAAUAUGGAGCCACCGUUUGUGCCCACGCCGGACAAUCCAACUGAUACCGGAUAUUUUGAGGCACGCAAUAAUAUGCAGCAUCUGCAGUUAUCCAACUUUGCGUUGGAUGAUUAGAGAAUAGCUCACCCGUACGUCUAGUUUUAUAAGUUAAGUGUUAUUUAUAUACAUUGUGUAGCAAUUUGUACUUGUCAAUUUUAUUUUUAUAUAUUUUUUAUUGUUAUCUCCGUUAGAUCAAUAUUUAUGUAUUCAAUUUUUAAACUUUCGAAAUAUCAACAUCGUCGUAAACAAUCCUGUAUAACGCUCGAUUUCGAUUUGGUUACUGUAACUAAGCUUAAACAAAUAGCUCCAAGUAGACACGCUUGUAACUGAUUAAACAAAUUUAGUCUCCAAGAUGUAAGCAUUAAAGUUAACCACGUAUAUUUUUUCAA